UUUCCUUUUUUUUGUUUCUCCAUAUUUUCGUCUCCUCGGUGGCAGCACUCAGCCCAGCAGGUUUCUCCUUUCUUCUAAAACCCUAUUUCACUGUCAGUCACGCUUUCCCCCGUCCCGGCACUCUCAUCUUCUCCGUCGCAGUCUGACCGUCUGUCCUAGCCUCACCCUUACGAAGAACUCCCCGCCGCUCAUUUUUCAGAACCGCACUUUGGAUUUUGAGCAUCAGUGAAUCCUUAUAAACCAAGAUGGACAAGGUGAAGAUAGAAGAGGUACAAUCAACCUCUAAGAAGCAACGGGUAGCCACUCACACUCACAUUAAAGGCCUUGGUCUUGAGGCAUCUGGAAAGGCGAUGCCACUAGCUUCUGGUUUCGUGGGUCAAUCAGAAGCCAGAGAAGCCGCAGGGCUAGUUGUUGAUAUGAUACGACAGAAGAAAAUGGCAGGCCGAGCACUUCUUCUAGCUGGACCUCCUGGUACUGGAAAGACUGCGCUUGCACUUGGAAUUUCACAGGAGCUAGGAAGCAAGGUGCCCUUUUGUCCAAUGGUUGGGUCUGAAGUAUACUCAUCCGAAGUGAAGAAAACGGAGGUUUUGAUGGAAAAUUUCCGACGAUCUAUUGGUUUACGGAUCAAGGAAAAUAAAGAGGUCUAUGAGGGUGAGGUGACUGAACUUUCACCAGAAGAAACAGAGAGCGUUACUGGUGGCUAUGGGAAAAGCAUAAGCCAUGUUAUUAUUGGUUUGAAGACUAUUAAAGGAACAAAGCAACUAAAGUUGGAUCCAACUAUCUAUGAUGCUUUGAUUAAAGAGAAGGUAGCUGUUGGUGAUGUUAUAUAUAUAGAAGCAAAUAGUGGAGCUGUGAAAAGGGUGGGUAGAAGUGAUGCUUUUGCUACGGAGUUUGAUCUUGAAGCUGAAGAAUAUGUUCCACUACCUAAAGGGGAGGUUCACAAAAGGAAAGAAAUAGUCCAGGAUGUGACUCUACAUGAUCUAGAUGCUGCCAAUGCACGGCCUCAAGGUGGACAGGAUAUACUAUCUCUAAUGGGUCAGAUGAUGAAGCCGAGGAAAACAGAAAUCACAGACAAGUUGCGGCAAGAAAUAAACAAGGUGGUUAAUCGAUAUAUCGAUGAAGGUAUAGCAGAGCUAGUCCCGGGAGUUCUAUUCAUUGAUGAGGUGCAUAUGCUGGAUAUGGAGUGCUUUUCAUACUUAAAUCGAGCUUUAGAGAGCUCACUCUCUCCAAUAGUGAUAUUUGCAACAAACAGAGGAAUCUGCAAUGUGCGAGGGACUGAUAUGAAUAGUCCUCAUGGAAUACCUGUUGACUUGUUGGACCGAUUGGUGAUCAUCCGAACUCAAACAUAUGGUCCUGCUGAGAUGAUUCAGAUCUUAGCCAUUCGGGCACAGGUGGAAGAGUUGGUUGUAGAUGAAGAAAGUUUAGCUUUCCUUGGGGAGAUGGGCCAAAGAACAUCUUUAAGACAUGCGGUUCAAUUGCUAUCGCCUGCUAGUGUUGUGGCGAAAAUGAAUGGUCGAGAGAGCAUAUGCAAGGGAGAUCUCGAAGAAGUUUGUGCUCUUUAUCUGGACGCUAAGUCUUCGGCUAGGCUCCUUCAAGAGCAGCAAGAAAAAUACAUUUCCUGAUUUGUUUCCAAGUGCUACUUCAUUUCUAACCAUUUCCCACCGAGAGAUUUUUAAUCUCAAGAGGUAAAUUUCUUUAUCUCACUGCAUUAAAGAUGGAAAAGAGAGGGAGAAGGAUUAUUCAGUAGUAAAUUUUUGUUAUCCGCUAAUCUUAGUUGUAAAAUUUUGACAAUGAAAGAUGUAUGGAUUACUUGGUAGUUUUAUGUCUAUAGUGAGAGUAAACAUUAUGCAGUGUUGAAUGUAGAUGCACAUUCUCUCAUAUUGAUUUGAUAUUGUACAAACUUCAAUCUUACCCACCUGAAAUGAAAAUUUGGGUUCAUGUUUA